AUGUCUCAGUCUCAUCCUACCGCCACCAGUUCAGCCACCGAACAACCUCAAACCUCAACCAUACCUGUUCCAGAGGUUGGACGAACUUUCCCAGACCGUGAACCCGCUUUGGCAUACCUUCGUCAACAUGCUCACGAAAACAACUAUGCAGUUACAACAUGCGAUAAACGCCCCACCUUCACCUCUUUCAAGUGUUAUCUGGGCCCCACUCGAGCUCAGAAGAAGAUGCUAGCCGAUGCCAUCAAAUUGAAUACAACCCCACUACCCAUCAUCCCAACCUGCCCUUUUGAAACAACAGCACGACGUGACCAAAAAACUCAUCAAUUCGUAGUUGAAGUAGGCAAUCCUACUCAUGAUCACCCACCAUCUGUGGAGCGGAUUCCAAUAGAAGCAUACUCACGUCGCCGGAUUACGCCUGCUACAACACCACCUCAAUCCGGUCCUUCUCAGCUACUGCCUCAAGCCAAUACCUCGAUUCCUAACAUACAAUCACUUUCAAUUUCCUCCCAACCCUCUAACUCGAAUCAAUCACUCCUGAUCACAUCCUCAUCUCAAACAAACAAUUCAAACCCUUAUAUCUCCCACCUUUACACAACUCUCUUCACACGAAUGCAAACUUUACCAGCUCAUUCUCAAACUUGUCUCUUGACUCGAUUUCUUUCGGAGUGUCAGCUGGCCGAAGCACUUACAGCCAACCCUACUUCAAGUAUAAUUGAUCAUUCCACGCCUCAAAUUAGAAGAAAUGUGAUCCAUCAAGAGAAAGAAAAUGAACAUGAAAAUCAGAUGGAUUUGGAUCAAGAGAAAGAAAAUGAACAUGAAAAUCAGAUGGAUUUGGAUCUGAACCCGUCAGAUAAUCUUACCGUGGAAGGUUCUUCAAAGUCAAUUAAAGUAAUUGAAAACUUGGCUGAAGAUGAGUGUUCACCUUCAACCAAGAAAGCUCCCAAUCAAGAAGAAACAGUUAAGGCGAAAGAAAAGCAAUCAGAGGUACACUCAACUCCAAAAGAAACUGUUAAGGGGAAAGAAAAGCAAUCAGACGCCCACUCAUCUCGCCACUCUUCACCUUUAUCCAAUCUUUCUGCGGACGAAUCAUCCAAUCUCGUCAUGAGCCAGCUAAAGCAUGCUGCCGCUUCCAGUUCGGGUUCCCAGCUUCCUUCACCUUGCACCAAAAUCAUCAAAAAUCCUCAGAGUGUUGAGAUUAGCCCAUGUAUCACUCGAAAAUCUUCAAGGACACAUCCAAAAGCUGAAGAUAAAGAGGACCCGUGGGGAUAUACAGAUUGUCUCAGGGACGUCAGGCUCGGUAAAAAAACCCAAAAAGGAAAGACCUCCUUCAAAAAUCUCAAACCACCCCAUCCUCCAGUUCAAAAGCGUAAGAUGCUGAGAUUGGGCUUUCCAGACUUGGAAAUUUCUCAAAUGCCUGCCACCAAAGCUAUAUCCCUUUAUCCGGCAUGCAGCAAACGUUCCUCCUAG